CCUCUCAGCUGUACUUUGCAAGGGACAUAUAAGAGAGCGAGAGAGACCCGUCUCCUUGGCAUUGUCGUACCAACAGGUGUGCGAGUAGGACGCGUGACGAGUUAUCCUCCAGCCUGGAGAGAGGGGGGCCCACGGUAUUCAUUUUGUUUUGGAGUGACGAUUCGUGUUGUGAAAAGUAAUCACUUGCUGUGAAGAUGCGUCAAGACUCUUAAAGGUUUUAUAGUCGAAGUUUCAUAGAUAAUUAUUAAUUAAUAGUAGUUAUAGCAAGAUGGAUGUUAAUAGAAUGAUGUGGUUGCUAUUAUGGCUGGGUAUAUUAGCCUUAAGUCUCCUUGUGACAUCGGGAGAAGGAACAGCCCACCACGUGACCCCCAUAGACGGCGAACCCGACCACAUCGAUGCCAACUUGCUACGGACGUUGACCGAUGACGUCAUCUUAGAGGAUGAUGAGGAAGAGGACUCGAACAUGACCCCGAGGAGUUCGAGGACCGAAAUUGGGGCGACCAGGGUCACGAAGCCAAAGACUGAAGAGGAGAUUUUGAUGAUGAAGGAGAAAGCCUUUAACGAAGCCCUGUUGCUGAUGGGACAGAGGCCCAAGAAGUUUGGUCCGGGCCAAUUCUGCGACGAGUUUAUCACGGGAGAGGAUUUCUACAUCCAUUCACCCUCUUACCCCAACAACUAUCCAGCUAACACGACUUGCAGAUACCAGAUCUACCGACGUCAUCCGGACAUCUGCGGAGUGACCCUGACUGUCCUGAGGCUCGAUUUGGCCGUCAGGUCACGCGGGGGAGGGGACCAGGUGACCAAUGAUGUCACGGCGGACCCAACCCGAAAUGAGGAGGGUGAUUGCGUCGGGGACUCGCUGACCGUCGGGGAAGUUCAUCACUGCGGGAGGUACAGGCGAGGUCAAUCAGCGCUGUUCAGAUUCCCUUCGUCUUUCCUGACGGUGGAGUUCCGAAGCGGAGACACCCACGGGGCCUCCGGAUUCCUCCUGCUGGGCCGUCAGGUCAAGUCCUGCCGUCAGCCGAAGUCCUUGGGGAAAGCUCUGGUGUCGACCGUACCUUGUGACAGGAGGAUAGAGUCUGACGCCUUCGUCAUAAGGAGUCCCGGAUAUCCUAGGGAAUACGAGGACAACGUCGAGUGUCACUACGUCGUCACCAGGGGCGAAGGAGUGUGUGGGAUCGACCUCCAGGUGGAGGACUUCAAUCUGGAGGACGGCAGCUGCAUGUUUGAUUACUUGGAGGUCCAGGGGCGAAGGCUGUGUGGGAAACUCCAACCUGGAUUCACGCGAUACUACGACUUCGAAGGACCCCAGUUAGACAUCCGGUUCCGCUCUGACGAGUCCUCGCGGAGGGGAGGGUUUUCAAUCUCCGGCCGACGAGUGAGAUGCGACGAAGGGAAACCACUCCAGCCGCCACUCGGUCAAACCAGACCGGGAAGGAACGAAGACUCAACGUCCCCGCCUUCGGAAUCCACCACCUUCCCCGCCCUGAAACCCGUACCCCUGCCUACCGUCCCAAACACCACUCUCCCGCCAAAUGUUCGAACUCCAGCGGGCACUUUCUCGCCUAACGUCCAGCUAGCGGGUCCUCUGCCGACGAACCAGUCUGAUAUUGAUAUCAGUUAUAUCCUUUCGGUCAUUGGACGUAGGCCUAUAACUGGCCUUGGGAAGAAUGAGGAGCCCUUUGGAGUUGAUGAGAAGGAGGGAGGAGGAGGAGGUCUGGAAAGCGAGGUUGAGGAAGAUUUCACAGAAUUACCAGGGCUUCUGACGACGGAUGAGACCACGACGAACGCAGACCAGAAUAUUCCAGGAGAUCCAGACUUCAACCCCUUCACUGGCACCGGUUUACCGCCCACUCUACCAACCAUUCCAGGCAGGAUUCCGACAACUGUGCCAACGACCAUUCCAGGCAGGAUUCCGACAACUGUGCCAACGACCAUUCCAGGCAGAAUUCCAACAACAGUGCCAACGACCAUUCCAGGAAGAAUCCCGACGACGAUCCCAACCAUUCCAGGACGAAUCCCGACGACAAUUCCAACGACUUCGGGAAGAUUCCCAACAACCGGGACGUCCAUUCCUGGAGGCGUCACGUCUACGUUCCCGACGACAUUCCCGACGACAUUCCCGUCGACGGUCGAUUUUCCCUCCACAAGCGUCUUCCCGACCUUCCCUACCACGACCUUCGCGGGCGAGGCUUGCGACGAAGUCUUCGCCGAGCAGACGUUCACCGUCAGUAGUCCUGGAUACCCUACGGCUUAUGCGGCGAAUCUCAACUGCGUCUACAUCGUAGGCCGAUUCAGCACUGAUGUCUGUGCUCUCCAGGUGAAUUUAAUCGACGUUGACCUGCCCGACCUCGAUCCCCUGACGGGGCAGUGCCUGGGGGAUUACCUGGACAUAGGGGGCACCAAAAUAUGCGGUACACUGCAAGGGCGCGUCUUGACCUUCGACUUUCCGGACCAGACUCUGGAGAUGAACCUCCACACGGAUGCUGCCACUGCUGGAAAGGGCUUCAGGAUGGAGGCGACGCAGUUAACGGACUGUGGUCCCCUGCCACCUGACCCCAGCCAGUGCGACACCAUCACUCAGCAGUCGGCUUUUAUGCUCUUGAGCCCAGGAUACCCGGCUCCCUACCCUUCGGGCACCGACUGUACCACGACCGUCGUGAAAUCUUCGCCUUCCGUUGUCAACCUAUUUUUGGAACUCGUGGACUUUGAAAUGACCUCAAGCUUCGGCUGCUCAGGAGAUUACGUGGAGGUCGUCGGCACUGGCCAACGGCUCUGUGGACAGUUAACAGGCCAGACGAGAACGUAUCCAUUCCUAGGGAAUUCCUUGGCCAUCAGAUUCCACUCUGGACUGGAGCCUAACAACGGGCGGCGUUUCAGAAUUCGCGUGACCCAGAGGACGUCUGGAAGUCCGGAUACUUGUGGGGGCACCAUUUCGACUUCCAGCUACAACAUACGGUCCCCCAGUUACCCCCUGGCGUACCCUAGCAACUCGUUCUGUACUUGGGCAGUCUUCAAAGUGGCAUCUAAUGUAUGUCAGCUUCAAGUUAAGCUCCUAGAUUUUGAUGUCGAAGACAGUUCAGGUUGUGCCAAGGAUUACUUGCAAGUAGGUUAUCAGGAACGUCUGUGCGGAAGGAGGUACCCUGGUGAAAUACGGACGUACCACUUUUCUGGAAAUAGACUCAACCUGUGCUUCCGCUCAGACAUCUAUGGCUCCGGUCGAGGAUUCAGUGCAGAGAUCACCCAGCUCACUUGCGGCCACUUCCAACCCAAUCAUCCGAGAUACCCUUCAUAUCCUUCCUAUCCAACGCCUUGGCACAGACCUUAUAGGCCUACAAAACCAUGGUAUAAGCCAGUGUACGGCCUCUGGUGGAAGAAGAACCCGUUUUCCAGGCCGUACCUGGUAGGGCAAGGUUAUACCUCAUAUUAUGGUUCUGAAUCCUAUGGCCAUGAUCACAAUUACACACAUUAUGAUAGCGGGCACAGCCACGAAGGACCACACCACCACACCACGCCAUCACCUUUCUCACCGUUAACUCCUCUGCCCACGACUCCGGCUCCCUUUCCAACAGUGACGCCCAGCCCUUUCCCAACUCCUUUCCCAACGCCCCUUCCUGAACUGUUAGCUGCACCUCACAGUAACACUGACCCCGUUUUUCAAAGGCCUGUGCCAAAACCUACUCUUUUGGAUCGUGAAAAACUCACAGUGUCGUCUAGUGAACAUGAGGAGAAGACUGUCGCCUUGCAGGGUAAAGAUGACGGUAGCGGCAUGUGCAACAAGGCCACCAGUGAGAGGACAUUUCAAGUUGACAGCCCAGGAUACCCAGGACCUUACUAUACCGACAUGAAAUGCAUAUUUAGAGUCAGAAGGAGUGACCAGAGCAGAUGCGGUAUAGAGUUGUUGAUGGAUGAGUUUGACGUGGAAGAAACAAAAGAUUGCUCCGUAGCUCGCCUUGUGAUAGCAAAUCGAAGCUACUGUGGAUUCAUUCCUUCUGGUGCUCACAGUAUCGUUCCAUUCCCGGACAGCGGCGAGAUCGUCAUGGAAUUCGUAGCAGGUAAGUACCACAGCGCCGCAGGCUUUACCAUGAGAGGACGCCAGAUCGGCUGUCCCAAGAACUCGACCUCCUUCACCUCAACCACAGCCAGUCCGCGUCGCCUGAUUUUCAUAACUGGUGGGACGGAGGGGCUGAACCAGGAACUAGCCCUCCCUAAGACCGCGGACGACUUGGUCUCUUCACCGGCAGGAGAGCGGGAUGCGGUGUUCCCCUGGGUAGACGCUGGAGGAAGAAGGUCAUAUUCUAUAGACAGAAGAGGAUGGACGACCUUCUAGCUAGAUGACUGAGUAGAUAGAUAGCGUUUCGUUUGGAGACAACUGAUUGCGUCCGAUUACAAAAAAUAUAUAACUUGUAUUUCACAGGGUAUACGAUCCUGUUUAAAUACUUUCUGUCUCUUUUUUUCAUUUUUUACAUGAUGGUUUUUGCUCUUUUUCAGAUAGAGGAAGUUUUUUGUGGGAUCGGGAGUAUAUAAGGGUAAUUUUUCAUUUUGGAACUAGGCCUAAAGAUUCACGUGACACGUUGAAUUUUGCCUAUACAUAUUUUGCAAAUGCAAAAUUUGUAUGUCUCAUUAUUUUGACUUAGGGUUUCCUAGUUCUGAUUAGUUAUAUAUAAUUAUUAAGUAUAUUUUGUCAAUAACGAAUCAGUUUCCUGUGAAUGUGCCUUUAAGGAACGAAGACUAACAA